ACUUCCUGUUUUUAUAUUUUUUUUGACGUUCCGUUUUUAACUAGGUAGCUAGUGCGGGCAUUUUUAGAGAGACAGCUAUAAUGAAACUACAUAUCUUUACUCUCAAGUAGGCUUUUGACGUCACAUUUAGCUUUUUGGGGUUGAUAGAACUGUGGUUCCCAAUUGUUGUUGUGGGAGAUGGCACUGAGCUCGGGUGGUUGGGCUCAAACGCCUGUGCCAGCACCAUCCCAGUCUGUACAUGGUGGAGGGCCCGCGCUGGCUAGCUGUAAUACCGUUUUGAUGUCAGUACGAGUUUCGGUUUGCCAUUCUGGAAUUCGACCACUUUGUCUUCCUGGGACAGGCGAUGAGGCUCUCCGUCUUCAGCUUAGCAUGGACCCCAGCAAGGCUGGAGAAUUUCGGUUAGCACUAAGGGACAGUAGCGGAAGCGGCCGUAGUGUGUUCAUAGCAGAGUUUGAUCUGCGCUCUGUGCAGUAUGAGGUGAAGUCACCACGUCUUCACGAGAUGCGUCUGGUGACACCCCCCCACGACUGCAUCCGCUUCAACUUUCGCUGUGACAGAGAAGCUGAGCAGUGGGCCACUGUCGUGAUGUCUUCGCUAAGAGAGGCACACAGAGUAGCUGCAAACAGUUCCCCGCCUCUAGAGGACCGACAGCAGAAGACAGCAGCCACCACUGUAGAGCCACGGGUCACUGCCUCCUUACCACUGACUGAGGAGCUGUGUUUGGAACUCGCUCGGGCAAUCGAGGAAGGUGGCAUCCAGGAUGCUGCUCAGCUUGCAUCUACACUGGCUCGCCACAAGGUGGCGCUAACUAUCCAACUGUCUGAGAAGAAUUACCCCCAAGGAGAGAUAAGUUUGUCUGUGGCAGUGGAGGACAUUUCCUCUUCCUGUUGCGUCACAGUUAAAGUCUUCCCCCACAUGACAAUCGCAGCACUCAAACAGCAGGUGUUUCUGGAGUAUGGCUUUCACCCUUGUGUGCAGCGCUGGGUAAUCGGACAGUGCCUGUGCACAGAGCCCAGGUCCCUGGCAUCGUAUGGGGUCCAAAAGGAUGGGGACACGGCCUACCUCUACCUGGUCUCUGCCCGCCAUGCCCGCCUCACCCGUCAGCUGUUCCAGCAAAACCAGGAGGGCAGCCUGGUAGCCCCACCACCACCACCUGUGAGCAACGGUUCUGUGUCUCAGGACUGGAGGGGCUACAACACCCUGCCCUCCAGGCUCAGCUACAACAGCCAGGCGAGCCCUGGAGGCGGGGCUGAGAGGAUGGCUAUGAGUGACAUCCGAGACGCCCUCAACCUGGAGACUCUGCAGAUAAUUGAUAAACCUGAAAAACCCAGCAAAACUCUGACAGAAUGGGCAUGUCCCUCCUGCACCUUCAUAAACAAACCUUCCCGACCAGGAUGUGAGAUCUGCAGUAUGGCCAGACCUGACACGCGGAGGCAGACCUGCAUACAACAGGAGAGAGGAAAAAGGCCGGAGGCGGGAGAGAUCGGUGCCUUGAGCAGUUGACUGCCUUCCCACCUGUACUUUAUACAGACCCCAACCUGGAUGGCAGAGUGAACACACACACACCAUAAUCCGCCCCAGCAUGUAUGACAGUGAACACACACACACACGCCAUAAUCCACCUCAGCCUGUAUGACAGUGAACACACACACACACACACCAUAAUCCACCCCAGCCUGUAUGACAGUGAACACACACACCAUAAUCCACCCCAGCCUGUAUGACCGUGAACACACACACACCAUAAUCCACCACAGCCUGGAGGACAGAGUGAACACACAUCUGACACACUAACGUACUGCUUCUUUAAAAACCCCAGCCUCACUACUGAUUAGACUGUGAUUAGACUGGAGGACUCUGUGGCACACAGCUCCACCUGGUGGUCACUGUAGGAAGAACCUGUAUUUUAAAUGACUUUUGACUCAUCUCUGGACAUGACAGUCAGCAACAUUUGCCUUGUGGCAGACUUCACUAUUAUUUAUUAUACAUAGGGGGUGUUGGAGUGGACUUGUCCAAUAUUUAUUUUGAGGGGCAGGUGGUCUUCAUUCUUUUACUGGAAAUCUCAGAUGACCUAAAGUUUUUAUGAGCGAUAUAUGAGCAAACAUAAUUUUUGUUCAACUGUGAAAGUUGCUACAAAUACUGUAAGUGUGGAUUAACACCAGGGCCUGUUUUUAAGCAGUUGGAGUACAGGUGUAUUAUCAGCACUAUUUUAGAUUGUAAUUCUACAUAAGGGGAGAACUAAUCCUGCAUCAGCGUUCUGGGACAGCUUUGUGAAUAAGACCCAUGUCUUGACUGUCAUUGGUUGGUGCCAUAUUGUUUGAUGCAACGGGAAUUGGUUGCUAGAAAACAAGUCUGUGGGGACAGGGUUCAAAAGGCUUAUUUUUAUAAUAUUGUAUUCAGUGUGUAACAAAAUGUUGAUUUUUGUUGCAUUUCACCUACUUACCAUAUGUUGUUCUGAACCGUGAUAGUGAUGGAAUGUUUUGUCAGAAACACUAUAAAAGGGUGUUACCUGAAUAAAAACUUAUGAAUCAA